AUGCAGUUUACAGUUUCCAUGGCUUUGAACGCCACGGAAGAGGAGUUCGAUGCAUCUAACCAUCCCAACAUCCGGGUAUUUACAGUUGCCCUGGGAGGGUCGCCUUUUGAAGAAUAUGACUUGUUGGGUAUCAGUGAACCCUGGUCUGUUCCUAAUGCAGAUAGCAUUGGUGGCUCCCCUUGGUCGUACUUUUCGGCAGUGUGUUGGUUAUAUGGCAAGUACCUGUCGUCGCAUCUCAAAUACCCCAUCGGCCUCAUAGCAUCAUCAUACGAAGGAACCCGAGUGGAGGCGUGGUCAGCUCCCAAUGUUCUCAAGAAAUGUGGUGUAACCGAUGUAGCCGACAUAAACGAUGGUAGUGAUGUUUCUGGUGUUGAUCCAAAUGCUGCCUCUGUCUUGUGGAAUGCCAUGAUACGACCGUUCCUGAACAUGACCAUAUAUGGAGCCAUAUGGUAUCAAGGUGAGUCCAAUGCUGCACCAUCCAAGACAAUGAACCAGUACAACUGUACGUUCCCCGCCAUGAUUGAUGACUGGAGAGACAGAUUCCAUGACGGCUCCCUUGGUGAAAGCGACCCACUGUUCCCGUUUGGAUUUGUACAGCUUGCUCCAUUUAGAGACAAUGACACCAUUACUACAGGCUACACAGACAUUCGGUGGCACCAGACAGCUGACUAUGGCUAUGUCCCUAACGACAGAAUGAAGAACACCUUCAUGUCGGUGGCCAUGGACCUGCCGGAUUUCUCGUCUCCUUGGCAAAUUAUCCAUCCCCGGGACAAGCAGGAUGUGUCUAUGCGUCUGUGUACAGCUGGACUUGCUGUGGCCUACAACCAAACUCAGUACUCCACCCUCAAUGGCCCCUACCCUUCUAGUGUUACUGUGGGGGAAGAUGGAACCGUACAGAUAACAUAUGACAAGGUUCUGGAAAUUAGAUCGAAAUCAGGCUUUGAGGUGACAUGUGUCCCCGCCAACAGUUCAUCAGGACCAGAUGACAAUUCAGUGUGGUUCCCCUUGCCUAUGACGUCACAUGACAACACGUCAGUGACUCUCAACUACAGCCAACUAUGUCUUCGGUCUAGAGAAAUGGUGGUGUCUGCCAUACGUUAUGCCUGGCGAGAGUCGCCGUGUCCCUUUAAACAGUGUGCCGUCUACAACAAGGAUAGUGGCUACCCUGGGCCACCAUUCAUUCGAUUUGUUAGGCAAUAAGAUGAGAAGUAUUACAAUUCUGAAAUAAAUCGGAUACAAAA